AUGGAGUCUCAAGAAGUAAGCAUUCUUUUACUGGGCGAUGCCGACGUAGGCAAGACCACCUUUCUCUCUCGCCUAGCUCUGGGUCCAAAGAACACCACAUCCGCUCUACCUGCUCUACGAGACCUCGACCAACCAUUUGCCUUUGAGCUGCGUGGCCGCAAACGACCCUACACCUUGGAGUUCUAUGACACAUCAUCUCCCACAUCCUACACUCUACUACGACCCAACCUGAUACUACUCUGCUUCUCGAUACCGUCGCGAGACUCUUUGAACUCUCUCAAAGGCCGAUGGAAGCACAUCGUAGAAACGCAUUUCAACUAUGACGAAACCAUUCCUAUCAUUGUGCUUGGUCUGCAGCGGGACUUGCGGAGGGAGAAUGUCGAGGACAUGGUGUUUCCACAGGAAGCCUUGAGAGUAGCGGCGGAGAUGAGGUGUGAUCGGUAUUGCGAAUGUAGUGCUGUGACGGGCGAGCUGUGUGCUGAGGUUUGGGAGGAUAUUGUUAAGACGGCUGUUGCGACGACUACUGAGCAGGGUGGAAAGUCUGAUCCGCCUGCUUGUAUACUGAUUUAA